GCUGCCGCGCGCACAAGAACUUUCCACACCCCCAAACCCAACACACAUCCACACCGUACCCCCCAAAUCGGCUACACGAGACAGAGAGUAGCUGAGACUUGAGAGGAUGUCGAGCCUCGUGGACGUAUGCGCCGCCGCCGUCGUACUACUACUAUCACUCUCCAGCUUGCUGCCGUCCGCCGGCGCCGUGCUCUUCGAUUGGAGCUGCAGCAACGGCACGUCCUACGCCGAGAACAGCACGUACCAGUCCAACGUCCGCAGCCUUCUAUCCUCCCUCGCCGCCAACGCCACCCGGGUCUCGCCGGUGGGCUUCAGCACGGCCAUCGUCGGCGCUAGCCCGGACAAGGUUUGGGGCCUCGGGCUCUGCCGCGGCGACACCAACGGCACGGCAUGCGCGUCCUGCCUCGCCCAGGCGCCCGCGGUCGCCUUCGGGCAAGGGGACUACUGCAUGGGCGUCAAGGACGCGUCCAUCUUCUACGACCGCUGCCUCGUCCGCUACUCCUCCAAGGACUUCCUUUCCACCCCGGAUCUCACCAGCCAGGCCCAGUCCACCGGAGUCGGCGACGUCAGCGUCGUGCCCGGCAGCGGCAGCGCCUUCACGGCGCUCGUGGCAAGCCUCGUGACGGCGCUUUCCGACUGGGCGGCGUUCAACACGACGUCCAGGUACGCCGUCGGAGCCAUGGUCUCGGACCGGGGGUUCCUCGCCACGACCAGGGAGGUGGUGCACAGGAUCAACGGCAUGGUGCAGUGCACGCCGGACCAGGCGCCGGGCGCCUGCAGGGGCUGCCUCGGGGCGCUCAUCGACGACAUGCCGGCGUUUUUCAACGGGAGCGUUGGGGGGCAGGUCCUCGGGGUAUGGUGCAGCCUCAGAUUCGAGAUCUUUGAGUUCUACGAUGGUGGGCCGAUGCUGGAGCUCGUUGCCCCGCAGCCCACGCCGCCGCCGCCUCCUUCUGCCGUGUCCAAAGACGGCACAGGAGGAAACGGGACAAGGUGGGGACAACAUCCAGGAACAAUAGCGGCAAUUGUUCUCGGCGUCGCAGUAAUCCUCCUGUCCAUUUCUAUGGUCUUGCUGUGGAGAAAUGCUGGAAAACAACCCUCUUACCAGGAAGACGACGACCCUGCGUCACUUCUCUUUGACCUGCCAACGUUGAGGCGUGCAACAGACAAUUUUGCCGAAGAAAAUAUGCUCGGACAUGGAGGCUUUGGCGCAGUAUAUAAGGGGUUGUUGCCUCAUGGACAGCAAAUAGCUGUAAAGCGACUGGACAAAGCUUCAGGGCAAGGUCUAAAGGAGCUGAGGAACGAGCUGCUGUUGAUGGCCAAGCUCCGGCACAACAAUCUCACCAAGCUUCUCGGAGUGUGCUUGAAGGGAGAGGAGAAGUUACUCGUGUACGAGUACUUGCCCAAUCGAAGCCUGGACACCUUUCUUUUCGCACCUGAGAUUGAGAAGCGUCUACUGUUGCACUGGGAGAUAAGGUACCGUAUAAUCUAUGGAACGGCACGAGGUCUCGUGUACCUUCAUGAGGACUCGCAGAUAAAGAUCAUACACCGUGAUCUCAAGGCUGGCAACGUCCUGCUCGACACCAAUAUGAACCCGAAGAUCUCGGAUUUUGGCCUCGCAAGACUCUUCAAUGGCGAGAGGACGACUGCCAUGACAAGCCAAGUCGUUGGAACACUAGGAUACAUGGCGCCGGAGUACGCAGUUCUGGGGCACAUAUCGGUGAAGUUAGACGUGUACAGCUUUGGUGUUCUUGUCCUGGAAGUCGUAACGGGAAGGAAAAGCACAGACUUCUUUGAGUCAGCGGUCGACGAAUCCAGCACUCUGCUCAGCUAUGUUUGGGAUCAGUGGUCGAAAGGAACCCCGUUGGAGACGGUGGAUCCGAGCUUGGACUGCAAGACCACCAUGAAGAGUGAGUUGCUGAAAUGCAUCCAUGUCGGCCUCCUGUGCGUGCAGGAGAACCCGGCGGACCGGCCGAGCAUGCUUGACGUCGUCGUUAUGCUGCACGGGGAUGAUGCGUCAAGCUUCGCGGCACCUUCCAAGCCAGCCUUCACCUUUGGCUACUGUGAGCAAAGCUCGGAGAGUGUAUCAGCUGGAGAUCCACCAGGCACCAAAACAACAGCAGAUUUACAUGUGCCGUCGUCUGUCAAUGGGAUGUCAGUCUCAGAGUUCAAGCCUCGAUAGAUGGAUGUAUUUUAUUUUUUCAUCUAAAAGAAGAAGGAGGAGGACCGGCAGACAGAUUGUAUAGUGCACUGGCGCCUUUGCACAUACGCGUCAGAAUUUAUCCGUCACUCAGAUUGAUAAAAAGUGUCGCUCAUCUGUGCAAAAAUUUAUACUAACUUGGUGCAAAAUGGAUGACAUUUUUUAUGGAUCAGAGUGGGUAUCAUUUUUAAGGGAAAGAAUUAUCUAUUCUAUGCAUUGGAGUAUAUAUAUAUAUUUGACGGA